AUGACAUAAAAAGUAUCACCCAGAGACAAAAGAUAAAAUUCUAUGGACUAUCUAGAUAAAAAGAUGACAGCUUUUAUAACUCCAAUAAAUCAAAGAGCCAAGAGCAUUUUGCACACUCGCUAGGCAAAGACAAAUAAAAACUCAGCUACUAGGAUCUAAAAUUAAUAGGAUGGCUUGGUCUUUAGUAAUGCCCUUAACAAUCGAUACGAUAGCCUUGAUUAACAAAAAGAGAGCAGUUAAGGAGGAGGACUUAACAAUGCUGAGCUUCAUUACUUAAAUCAAAGCUAACAGUCUUUGGAAUUCUAAAUUAAUGAAAACUUGAUUAGCAGGAGACACAUGCUUUCAAGUGCUCCUGACCCUAAUUACUUAUAAUUCGAUGUUAUUUAAGAUAAUGAGUAAAAUGAACAGUCUGUAUAAGAAGAUGGAUAAAAGUAAGAUGGCUAAGCCUAGAAAAGAAUGCACAAGAAAAGGUUUCUCUAUACGCCAGUUGAGCUUGAAGAUGAUGAUUUUAUGUUUAAUCUGAAUGAGCCAAUGAAUUAAUCAAUGCAUGUGCCAAAUAACAAGAAUAACGAGCGCAAGUUCAACCUUAGAAAAUUUAGGUUUAUGAAAAGAAACGCUGAAAAAGAAAAAGCUGAAAAGAAGCUAACAAUCAAGGAGGAGUUAGACUCAAUAAUGAACAGGCUUGAAAAUGUAGAUGCUAAGGACCUUAGAGCCAAACUUAAGAAUCUAAUAGAUGAUAGCUAAUAGUAGAGAAAUUUAAUAGAGGUGCAAAGGAAUCAUAAUUAGAUAAAAAACCAAAUUCUGGGCAACAAGUAUAAAUCCCCAAAGGAUGGAGGAAUACAAAAUUUAACUGAGAGCUCUUUUGAUUUUGACAAUCAAAGUCGUUCUGCUGUCAGUUCUGUUAAAUACACUGAGGUCAAGAAAUAAUUACCUAUCCAACAGUCAUUAAUGCAUGCCUAUCAGUUAAGAAUGAAAAGAUAACAAGAAGAGGAAUAAAAAAGAAAAAUGGUUGAUCUUAAGCUUAAUUACAUGAUAUCCAAUCUAUAAGAAAGAUUAGGUUUCGUAACUAAAAAGUAAAAAAUGGAUCAUUUUAUGAAUAGAUUAGCCACUAACAUUGAAAAGAAAGUGAAGACUUCCAACAAGACAAACUCAGAAAAUGAAUCUUCUAUUAAGAAAUAAGAGUAUGAUAUUAGAUCGCCUUUGGAUUCUGUAAACGACUAUGAAAAUUACGCUGAUAACCUUUUGUAACCUGACUUUAACAGAAAAACAAAAUCCCAUUUUACCAAAUUAAAUAAGGUUCACUCUAAGAGUAGCCUUGAUCAAAAUAGAAUUCCCUCUUAAAUAAGAGAGCACAGUAUGAAUUAGCCCAAUACUACUAAGUACUCUCAAUUCAAACAAGGAGGCUAGAAGUAUCUUAAUUUUUAACACCCUAAGACUACCUAAGUUUCUCCUCGUGAAAGUGCUAGAAGUCAAGCAAACCACUCAUCCAUCUAAAACUCGAAUAGAUUCAAGAGUAUGAGUCCAAAGCAUACACAGAACUAAUUAUAGCAAAACUUCACUGAUAAUAUGAAACUUAUCAAGGAGAAGAUAUUAGAUAAGAACGCACCUUCUCCAAGAGUUGCUACUGACUAUUAUAACUUUGAAGAGUAAAAUCUUGUUAUGGAGUUCUUGCAGAGUCUAUAUGCUGAUAAAGACUGGACUAGCAUUGCUACUGAUGAAUAGUUUGAAAAAAUCAUGUAGCUUAUGUCAGAGUAUUAUGGAAUGAAUGAGAAUUUCGAUAAUAAAUACUCCCAACUCCCCAGAUUUCUGCUUGCUAAGAAAUAGCAAAAAUCACAAUCUAAAUAAGAUGUCAAUCAUAUCGGAGCAGAGGACCCAAAUUUAGCUAAAAGUAAAUCUAUUAAGGGAAAGUCUUUGAAAGGAAGUUAGAAAAUGAGUCUUUAUGACAAAGAUGAAGAUAUUCCAACUUUUCAUGUAUUUAGUGAUGAUGAAGAAGAUCAUGGCAAAAAAUAUGAUGAUAAGGAGUUUGAAAAGCACAUAAAAUAAAUGCAUUUGGAUUCAGAAGCAAUGAAAGAGAGAUUCGUCAUGGAGAGAUACACUUCAUAUCUAAACAAAUGCAUGUUCAUAGCUUCUGAUGAUUAUAUCAAGAGGAAAUUCAAGGCUUUUCUAGAAAAGAAAAAUCCUUAAAAGAGUGAUAACUUCUUUAAGAGAAUGUAAAAAGAUUAGGAAUUGAGAAACUAGAAAGAAAAGAUAAUUCAAGAUUUGAAAGAAGGAAUCUAAAAUCAACUUUUAUCUUUAGAAAGCGCACAAAUGACAGGCAUGAUUGGGUCCAUUACAUCCAAACUUAAAACAGACCUUACCAAGUAUCUAGGCUUACCUGGCUAACAAGGUACCUAAACUAAUUAAAACAACCAAAGAUAGCCCAAUUCGAGACAGUCAGAUAAUUCAGUAAAUGUAUUCUCAGAUCAUGUUUAAAAUGAAAAUAAUAUCCAUCUAUAGAGCAGUCAGCCAUCUUACUUCAAAGCCUUGUAGGAAUUGAAAAAUAACAAGAGCUCCAUACCUUAACUGAUGAAUUAGAACAGCAUAAAAGCUAAUAAGUAAGUUACAGUUAAAGGCUCUUAAAAUGAUCUACCUAAUCUAAAUCAUCUUAAUGCUAUUCAGCAGUAGUUCAAGAGAUCACAUAUGAGAAUGCUCCAUAACCAAAGGUUGACUGAAAAAAUGUAGGGGAGUGAUAUCAUUAGCUAGAAGAUUGUUGAUCUUGAAAUGAAAAUACUGUCUAAAAAGCAAAAUUCACCAGUUAAAAUCAAAUUUCAAUUGAAAAACACAGAUGAUAAUAUGUCACUGAGAAAUCAAUUUUGA